UACACGAGCCACCUUUGGAAAUGUCUGGCAUAGCUGGAGGAGCCGUCACUAUGGAGCCGAAAGUGAAUGCUGGAACCAACCCGUCAGCAGUCUCCUGGAUGAAAGGCAAGGAUUUAGUGGCCGAAUGGGAUCAGAGCCUCUGGUUUGCCCCUGGCCUCCAGGGCAGAGCGGAGCUAGAUUCAGCUACGGGCCGCCUGACUCUCAUUAAACUGCAACAGAACGAUUCUGGCGAAUACACAGCAGACAUUCUAGUGGGAGGCAAAAUCCAGUGCACCCUCUUCUCUCUACAGGUUCUAGGCCCCGAAAGCCUCGUGAGGCCCCACUCCUGCACAGACUUCCAGCCGGCGAGCUUCCUGCGGGGUUCGAAGCUCCACGUCCAGUUCCUCCUGUUCACCUCUUCCCAUCCCAGCUGUGGUCAGCUGUUGUCGAGCACGGAGGACAUCUGGAACUCCAGCUUCAAUGCCAGCCUGGCAGCGAGAAUUGUCAUCCACGGUUUUAGGGCACUGGGCACAAAGCCCUCCUGGAUCGAUGGGCUAAUCGGGGCCUUGCUGGAAGCAGCCCCUGCCAACGUGAUUGCAGUGGACUGGGUCCACGGGUCCACCGCCUCCUAUAACACUGCUGUGGAAAACGUCACUGAGCUGGGCCUGGAAAUCUCCGCCUUCAUCCAGAAGUUGCUGGCCUUGGGAGUACCAGAGACAUCCAUCCACCUGAUUGGGGUGAGCCUGGGUGCCCACGUCGGGGGUCUGGUGGGACAGUUCUACAAAGGCCGCCUUGGAAGGAUUACUGGUCUGGAUCCUGCAGGGCCCAAAUAUACCAGAGCCAGCAAGGAAGAGCGCCUGGAUCCUGAAGAUGCCCUUUUUGUGGAAGCCAUUCACACCGACACGGACAAGUUUGGGAUCCGGAUCCCCGUGGGCCACAUAGAUUAUUACGUCAACGGAGGCCAAGAUCAGCCCGGCUGCCCCCGUUUCAUCACACCUGGCUAUAACACUAUGAUCUGUGAUCAUAUGAGGGCUGUGUAUUUCUACAAAAGUGCCUUGGAGGACUCCUGCCCCUUGAUGGCUUUUCCCUGCUCCAGUUACCGGGAUUUCUUAGCUGGCCACUGCGUGUACUGCACAGACUCAAGUUUGGCUUCCUGCCCCACAGUAGGGCUCUUGGACAAUGGCGGAAUCGACACGAAACCACUGCCCAGAGAGGUGAAAGUUUACUUGGCCACAGCUGCCUCUACGCCGUACUGUGUGCACCACAGCCUGGUUGAAGUUCGUUUGCAGCAGAGGAGAACGUCGGAUACCAGCAUUGAGAUCAAUUUCUGGGGCAGAAACUCGACCUUUAGCAUCACCAUCACUGUGCCCAAGCUGGAGACCGUGGGCAAAAGCCUGGCGAUUCACUCCACACCAUUGUGCCAGAUGGAGAGAGUGGCAUUCCUCUACCACCCCAAGAGCUGGAGAAGGAGCAAGGAGGCAGAUCCAGUUGUCCACCAGUUUUGUGCUGCUCCCCUUCCUGUGGAUCCGAGUGAGAAGAUGUUCUGCCUGACUCAGACGAUGACCCUGACCGGAAAAAACAGCCCUUCCUAUGACUUGGCCAUGGCGUGUCCGACUACCACAGCGCCCCCAGUGGAUACAGAGACAAUGACAGAACCCUGGUGAUAAAGUGUGCCAGAAGCUGGUUUUGCUCACCUUCUCUGCCCUGAAGAUAGAGGCCCGGCAAUGUUGCUUAUGUCUGUUUGAACCACACCGACUGCACCUACAAUGCCUGUGUGUCUCCACCCAAAGCCACAGAAUUUUUACAAUCAAGAAGACAUAGGGUCGCCAGGUCCUUCCUAGUCCCCGGUGGUGGUGGGGCUUUGAGGGGCAUUCUUGGAGGAGGCGGGGACGUCCCCAACAUGAUGACAUCAUGAAAAAGUGAUGUCAUCAUGCUGGGGACUGGCACCCCAUGUGCCUCUACUCCAAGCGGCAAAUUCACCGCCUGGAGUUCAGGCGCGCCCUCCCCCACUUCUUGCCCAAAGCAUUUAAAGCACGGUUGUCGAACUCAUUUGUUAUGAGGGCCGGA